UGUUAUGAUCUGGGGUUGAUCAGUUACUCAGGUCGAGACUCAGUAACGUUAUGGGGCAAUAAAAUGAAGUCAGCUGACCACCUGAAUGUACUGAACCACCAGAGGAUCACAUCUAUGGAGGGGUAAUUCCAUAUUCCAAGAUCAUGGUUCUGGGAGCAUACGGAAUGAUUUUCACACAUGAACUGGACACCCGAGUGAGUGUGUAAUCAAAGUGAUGCUCCGAGCAUGUCCAGCAGUAGGGAAAAAGCUGCUUGUAGUCGAGUGCUGAAAUUCCUUUGCAAGUGGGAUCAGGGCAAUAAAUCCACUCGCAUGCGAAUGCUUCAGAAAUUCCUGAAUGACAACACGGGAAAAACGAGUCCGGAGCUGGAGCUGGAGUUCGCUCAGGCCUCCAGUCUGUUCCUCACUCGCAUCACGGCCUGGAUGAGACUCUCCUACAUGUUCAGCACGUGUCUGCACCUUCAGCUCAGAGCACUGGGAGUCUUCCUUUCUGCUGCCAGCAAUCACCGGUACCUGAUGGAGUUCCUGGAGGUGGGAGGUGUGAUGACUUUGCUGGAGAUUCUGACUCAGACUCAGACUACCAAGGAGGAGAAAGCUGAAGCUCUGCGUCUGCUCUGCAUCGUCUCAAACGCCGGGCGCAAGUACAAGGAGAUCAUCUGUGAAAGCUAUGGUGUGAAGGUAGUAGCAGAGUGUUUGGUGAGAUCAGACUCAGAGGCGAUGCAGCACACAGCUUCACGUUUGCUCGAGUCUCUGGCUCAGGGAAACCCCGCGUACCAAAGACUGGUCUACACAGAACUCAUCUCCCUGCUGCCAUCCUGCUCCGCUACAGCUACACAACUCACACUACACACUCUACACACUGUACAGGCCAUCGUAAAGACUCCUCAUCCUUUCAUCGUGGAGGCGGUCUUAAACUCCCUGCGAUCCUUCCACCUUGAGGUUCAGAAUGAAGCUAUAGAGCUGAUGAAAUAUCUCCAGCAGACGGAGGUGAGAGACGCUCUUCUCUACGCUCUGAUCGCUCUGCUCAAACCAACCAACCAGCGAGUUCAAAAACAGAUGAUCCUGCAGGGGCCAGCGAUGGCGGAGAUGAACGACUCAUUAACGAUGUUUAUCCAGCAGGCAGCAGCAGCCAAAGCUCUCCGGGUGUUGGCAAAGGACAGCGGUGAGACAUCAGAAGAACUGAUCCGUCUGGGCGUCGUGCACUAUUUACUGUAUGUCAUGGGCAACCAGGAGCACGCAGACGCACAGAGACAGGCCAGCCUGACAUUAGAGCAUUUUGUGAACUCGUACCCCGUGGUUGAGGAACACGUGUGCAAAGCCAUGGGACCUGCUCUGUUCCACUCAUUUAUGCAUAAUGCUGAGCUUCUCUACAUGAACAUGGAUGAAGUCCAGGCCGAUAUCUUACUGAACAACAAAGUGGAUCUUUCCAAAGAAUUUGAAGCGCAGAACACAACACCCUGAGCACGACCUUUCAACCUCAUGUUUAUUAUGUACAUGUGUGAUGGACGGAAGACUCGAUGCGUCACCUGAUCAUUUAAUUCACCAAUUAGAGUCGACUCAAAUGCCUCGCUGCAGUUUGUGUGUUUUAUGCCCCAUAAGUGCUAAAAUAAUUCAUUAAAAUCGCUCUCCAGAUUUUUAUUUACAAUAUAACAGAACUGUACAUGUUUAAUC